AUGACUUCCUCUUACUGCUUAUCUUUAGCUAGAAACAGGGCUGCUUCAGAACCAUUAGUUCAGAAUUCUCAUCUACAUCUCCCCAAGAACGGAUCUUUCCGUGUCUUUUCAAAUGAAACACAGUUUCUUAAAGGACAACCCUUGAUUUUGAAGCCUCAGAUAUGCCUUAUAAAGCCAUCUUUUCAAUCAUUCUUUCUAAGUUCAAGAAACUCUGGCUGCUUCAUACAGCCUUUUUCUGCAGCCUUGUCAUCUUUUGCUGAAGCUGAAGGCCAAGAAGGUGGAGAUGUAGAAGUCCACCAGGGGCAUGAAGAUGAUGCAAAGACAAACAGUGAAUUGCCUGGAAUGGCACAGGCUUUUCAUAUAUCAUCUAAUACAGCAUCAGCUAUAUCAAUAUGCAUAGCAAUGGCUGCCCUUGCUUUUCCCUUUUCCAUGAAGUCACUGACUCAAGCGGCUGGAUUGAAGAUUAAGCUGUUGACAUAUGUUACUUUGCUAUCUGGAUUUUACAUGGCUUGGAACAUUGGAGCUAAUGAUGUGGCUAAUGCAAUGGGCACUUCAGUUGGCUCUGGCGCUUUAUCACUCAGGAAGGCUGUGUUGAUUGCCGCAGUUCUGGAAUUCUCUGGAGCAUUGCUGAUGGGAACCCAUGUUACCAGUACAAUGCAGAAGGGUAUUCUUGUUUCCAGUGUUUUUAAUGGAAACAGCACUUUGCUUUUUGCAGGGCUCCUGUCUGCUUUAGCUGCUGCUGGCACUUGGUUACAGGUUGCGUCGUAUUAUGGCUGGCCAGUUUCGACUACUCACUGUAUUGUAGGAUCUAUGGUUGGCUUCGGUCUUGUUUAUGGGGGACCUGGUGCUGUCUUUUGGAGUUCAUUGGCAAGAGUAACUUCCUCAUGGGUGAUCUCACCUUUAAUGGGAGCAAUUGUGUCAUUCCUCGUCUACAAGUGCAUUCGUAGGUUUGUUUACAGUGCACCGAACCCAGGACAAGCUGCAGCGGCAGCUGCACCAAUUGCUGUGUUUAUUGGCGUGACUGGAAUAUCCUUUACUGCCUUUCCUCUUAGCCAGCAACUUUCUAUAGCUGUUGUCCAGGCUUUAGCUCUUGGUACUGCCGGUGCGGUGAUUGUUUACAGGAUCAUUCACAAGCAACUUGGUCAUUUACUUGUGAAAGCAAAUUCAGGAGAGGAAUUGCCCAAGGAGGACACCAUCAUUGCAUCCCCAAAACAUCUUGGAUUUCUUUCUGACAUUGCAGGUCCCAAGGGUGCCCAGUUAGAACUGGUUUACGGAGUUUUUGGCUACAUGCAAAUCCUCUCUGCCUGUUUCAUGUCAUUUGCUCAUGGUGGAAACGAUGUGUCUAAUGCAAUAGGUCCCUUGGCUGCAGCACUAUCAAUUCUUCAAGGUGGUGUAAGUGGAGCAGAAAUUAUCAUUCCUAAUGAUGUUUUAGCCUGGGGUGGAUUCGGUAUUGUUGCAGGACUAAUGAUGUGGGGAUAUAGAGUGAUAGCCACCAUCGGUAAGAAGAUCACUGAAUUAACACCAACACGAGGAUUUGCAGCCGAAUUUGCUGCUGCAUCUGUGGUUCUGGUGGCCUCUAAGUUGGGACUUCCAAUCUCAGCCACACAUACACUUGUUGGAGCUGUCAUGGGGGUGGGAUUUGCUAGGGGACUUAACAGUGUUAGAGCAGAAACAGUCAGGGAAAUUGUGACUUCUUGGGUUGUCACAAUUCCGGCAGGUGCUUUCUUUGCAGUAAUAUACACUUGGAUCUUGACUAAGCUGUUGGCCUAUAUACUUUAA